AUGGGUUUCCACUGUGGCUGGAUGUCAUCUGCUGGCUGCUGGCGCGAGCCCGGGUUAGUUCCCGAGCUUGCCCUUGUUUCUCGGUCUGUCUUUUCCAUCCCCCACUCCUUCCCUGUCCUGGCGCCGCUGCCUGUCACGUCAAACGCGCUCGCACUCGUGUUCUUCGUCUUCUUGCGUUCCUUCGCUCCAAUCUGGGGCGUGACCGUCGGCGGCGCGCUCCUCCAGAACGAGCUCCUCACGCACAUCCCCGCGUCCGUGCAAGCCGCACUGGGCCCCGGGCUCAGCGACAACAUUCCGUACACGGUCAUCCCGCUCGUCCGCGGGAUGGCGCAACCGCAGAAGGACGCGACGCGCGCCCCGUUCCGCAGGAUGCGACGCGCGCCCCGUUCCGCGGCAUGCGCUAGUGCACUUCUCGCCCACCACGAUGCCGUUGUCCUUCCUCCGCCUCCGCCCAUAGCGCUCUGA